UUAUUCUAGUCUUACAUUCUUCAUGGUUCAGACACACCGUUACUGAGACGAUUUUACGGUUUAAUAAAACUGGUUUGUGGCAAGAAGUCUUAAACGUAUCUGUGAUGUUGGUGAUGUAGACUGUCGGAUCUUCUUUGAAAUUUAUUUAUUUGAAGCAGAAACAAUGGACCACGCCAUCGACCCAUGCCCCUCCUCAACUUCGGGCGUCUCCGCCCACCUCUUUCUCACCCUCAUCAACACCCUCCUCGCCUCCAAAUGCCGCAUCAGUUCACCCUCCAAUUAUCCUCCAAACCGCGCUUCCACCCUCUCCGACAACGACGAAUUCGAUUUUAUAAUCGUCGGUUCCGGAACUUCCGGAUCGGUGGUCACCAAUCAACUGUCCCAGAAUCGAAACUGGAAAAUCCUAGUCCUCGAAUCCGGAAAUCUUCCGACACCCGAUAGUGAAAUACCCAGCCUACUAUUCAGCCUUCAAGGAACGGAAAGUGAUUGGCAAUACACAACCGAACCCAAUCAAAAUUCCUGUCAAGGGUUCAUCGAGAGGAAAUGUCGUUGGCCUAGAGGAAAAUGUUUGGGUGGCAGCAGUGCAAUCAAUGCCAAUCUGUACAUCCGAGGAAACAAACGAGAUUAUGACAAGUGGGCGGAGCUAGGGAACGAAGGCUGGGACUACAAUUCAGUUAUGAAAUACUACAAAAUCCUAGAAAAUGUUGAUGGGUUUGAUGGGUAUGGACGAGGUGGUUAUGUCCCAUUGAAUGUGUACCAAUCCAACGAACCCGUGGGUGAAGCCCUUAAGGCCUCGGCUCGGGUCCUGGGAACCCCCACCACCCAACAAGAGGCUAAUUUCGGCUACUUUGAAGCCUUACAAACCGUCGAGAAGGGAAUCAGGGCUAAUGCGGGCAAAAUUUUCCUGGGACAAGCCAAAGACAGGGAAAAUCUAGUCGUGGCUUUGGACUCUACUGUAGAAAAAAUUUUGCUCAACGGGAAAAAAACUGAAGGAGUUGUAAUCAACAUUGGAGGCAAACAAAUCACAAUCAAGGCGCGUAAAGAGGUGAUUUUGUCAGCAGGGGCUAUAAAUAGUCCCAAAAUUUUGAUGUUGAGUGGCAUAGGACCGAAAAAACACCUACAAGACUUGGGAAUUGAACCAAUCGAGGACCUACAAGUCGGAGAAAACCUACAAGACCAUAUUUUUUACCUUGGUUUACUUGUAGCAGUUGACGAGAAAGUCGCACAAGUCAAAACUAACGUAAUUGAUGACAUUUACAAAUAUUUCAUGUAUAAUGAGGGAGCCGUGGGUCAAAUUGGGAUUACCAACUUGGUCGGUUUUGUGAAUUCUCGAAACGAUUCCGAUUAUCCCAAUUUACAAUUCCACCACAUUUUAUUUAUUAAAGGAGACAACUACCUUCUUCCGGAAACUUUAAGAGUCAUGGGACUUGGCCCGGAAGUGGCCUCAAUCGAAUUAGAAACCAAUCAAAAAUCCCCAAUGUUCAAAAUAGCCCCAACUCUUCUCAAUCCAAAAUCACGCGGAAAAAUCCUUUUGAAAUCCAAAAAUCCACAUGACAAACCCUUGAUUUUCGCCAACUACUUGGACGACCCCCAAGACGUUGAAAUUUUACUCGAAGGGAUCAAAUUCGGGUUGAAACAAAUCGAAAGUGAGCCCUUUGCAAAGUUUCAACCAAAAUUGAUUGAUUAUAAAUUGAAAAAUUGUCAAAAAUUCGAGUUUAAGUCAGAUGAUUACUGGAGAUGUGCCAUUAGAUGGCUUACGUCAACGGUAUACCAUCCCGUGGGAACGUGUAAAAUGGGUCCAAGGAGCGACCCAGGAGCCGUGCUUGACUCCAGAUUGAGGGUGCACGGGAUUGACGGUUUGAGGGUGAUUGAUGCCUCAAUUAUGCCUUUGAUUAUCAGCGGGAAUACCAAUGCCCCGAGUUUAAUGAUUGGGUUAAAGGGAGGGAUGAUGAUUUCGGAGGAUUGGGGGGGUAACCAUGACGAGUUAUAAGAAAUAAAUUGAUUGCAAUACCCAAAA